UGCUGCCGCAGCAGCCUUGUUUGCUUCUUUCGUUGAUCUCUCCUCCCUCCGGAAUUAGCUAUCUCCUCCCUCGUCAUGGCACCACUCCGGGGGGCCAAGCGGCGGAAGCGGCAGCCCGAGAAGGCCCUCCCGGCGGGGGUGACGGCGCCGAUGCCCCCGCCGGACGCCGCCGACUGGUGGGACUCCUUCUCCCGCAGGCUUGCAGCAGGACACUAUUCCAAAGAGUCCCAAAACUUCGAGUCAGUCUUCAGGAUGUCGAGGAGGACAUUUGACUACAUUUGCGCUCUUAUUAGCGGAGACUUUUCAAGGAAGACACAGGGUUUCAGAAAUUUCAGGUUUGGAGACAAGACGAUUCUUGGUUUGGAGGAUCAAGUAGCUGUUGCUCUGUUGAGACUGACAACUGGCGAGUCACUUCUGAGCAUAGGGAAUCGCUUCGGGAUGAACCACUCAGCCAUCUCAAACAUCACUUGGAAGUUUAUCGAGUCCUUGGAGGAUCGCGCAAUCAGUCAUCUGAAGUGGCCUGACGCUGAGGAGAUGGCGACCAUCAAAGCAAAGUUUGAAAAGCUCCAGGGCCUCCCCAACUGCUGUGGUGCCAUUGACACAACGCACAUCCUAAUGUGCUCUUCAGCUCAGCCUAACAGCAAUGUCUGGCUUGAUGGAGAGAACAGGAACAGCAUGGUCUUGCAGGCCAUAGUUGACCCUGACAUGCGGUUCAGAGACAUUGUCAGUGGCUGGCCUGGGAGCUUGGAUGACUCAUGCAUCCUGCGUACCUCGGGCUUCUACAAGGUAUGUGAGAAAGGCACAAGGCUGGAGGGGCAAAUGGAGCUCCCUGGAGAUGGGGAGGGAGCAGGGUCAGUGGUCCGAGAGUACAUUAUUGGGGAUACAAGCUACCCUCUCCUUCCCUGGCUGAUGACUCCAUACCAAGGGCGCGACCUAUCUCCGGCGAAAGCUGAGUUCAACAGGCGACACACCGCCGCAAGAAUGGUGGUGCAUGGUGCUAUGGCCAGGCUGAAAGAAAGGUGGCAGGUACUCAAGGGAGAACUGUGGAGGCCUGACAAGCACCGGCUGCCAAGGAUCAUCUACGCCUGCUGCCUGCUCACCAACAUCAUGAUCGACCGCGAGGACUCAGAGAGGAACCGGACGUCAGCAGGGCACAACCAUGACGACGGCUACAUGCAGCAGUUCAGCGAUGUGGCCGAUGAGGGUGCGGUCGCGCAGAGGGACAUCAUUUGCCAGCAUGUCAGCAGGCUCGGCAGCAAACUACCGGAGUGAUUGUUGCCCUCUAGCUGGUUGCUGCGUGUCUUCCUUUUUCUGCUUGACAUGGAACAAAUGGUAUCUACAUGUCACAGAAUUGUUACCUGAAAUUUUCGUUACUUUGGAGAUGGCCUGCUUUGGUCGUUAUUGGCAUGGAAUAGUUCAUAGAAUUGUUCGAUUACUUUGAAGAUACUCUGCUUUGGUCGAUAUUAUUGGCAUCAAAUUAGCAGGCGAGGAAUUGUUAAUUGUUACAGUUCUACCUUGCAGAA